GAUUUACGCCUACUUCCCGACGCAGGCCCCUGAGCUCGAGGUCGAGGUACCUCUAGAGAUCCCCUUCUCUCGCAGGUUUGAGGGUCGGUGCCGGCCGAGGCCUCUGGAGACUCUGCUAUUCCUCCGACAAUUCUUCGAGACAGAGAUUACUUGGCAGCCAUGGGCACCCUUGUCAGGAGAUGCCCGGUUCCAGUUCCCUGGGGCGUGGGCCGUUUCUCGAUACAGGGUUUUAUUUGAGGGGCCAGCUAGCAGGGCCUGGUUUCUGGGGGAUCGCUUCUUGCAUCAGACGAUGGGCAGCCAUGCUCAGGAUAUCCCCUCAGCACCUCCAGAGGACAUGCGGUCCACUGAGAGACUCACUCCCCAGGAGGUCGAGGUCCUUAUGUUGGGUACUGAUGCAGUUCUAUUGUUGGAUGAGGGGGAGUACGCGACCUACCGCCAUACACUUGAUGCAUCCAUUGAUAGGUAUCCGUACCCCCACGAGGAGAGCCGCUGACGUUCCAUUAUCGAGUCGUGCUCGAGCUACAGAUAUUCCUUCCACUAGCAGGGCUAGCACAUCGAGAGGCAGGGCUAGAGGGAUGCCCUCGAUUUGCCAGUAUGCUGGGUGGUCGGAUCUCCCGACUGAGCUGACAGGUUGGGAGUAUGGGACACCAUACCAGAUCCCGUUAGAGCCUCCACGGCUGGAUCACCGAUACAUCAGUGACUCUGACUCACCACCGCCUCCCAGAGAGUAUACUGAGGAGCUACUCGGAGUGGUGGCCUCGCUCGAGAGCAUGGUCCCGCGGAGGGAGACGCUGCUGUUCGCCGCCGGCGUCUCAGUCCCGCCGCUACAGACCAGGUCAUCCAGGCCUUCUCGAGGAGCUGGGAGAGGGGACUCGACUCGCAGCCGAGGCAGACGUAGAGCGCCUAUCAGAGAUGACGAGGAGUCCAGCGAGGAUGAGGAGUCUGCGCAUCCUCAGUCAGAGACAUUCUUAGGCAGAGAGGAUGACUCCGGUUCCGGUUCUGAGAGCGGAGGUGAUGCCGAGGAGGAUUCUGAGGACGACAGCUCCGAUUCGGAUGAUGGUGCUGGUAGGGGGUGGUGCAAAAGCUGCUCAGCCGAAGAGGAUGAAGAGAGCCUCCUGAUCUUGAGCCCGACAGCACUAAUGCAGAUGUUCCUGCUUUAUUUUCCUUUUUACAUGUAGUUGUAGCACAUUGUACAACGUUAGGCAGUUUUAUUUUCUUUAAAACUUGU